UAUGGAAAAAGUGGAAAUAAAAUCAUAGAUGAAUUUAUUCUUGAAAAAAAGUUAAGAUGGAUUCCUUAUAGUAAAUUUAAAAAUGUUGAAUAUCUUAAUGAAGGAGGAUUUGGUACUAUAUACAAAGCUAUUUGGUUAAAGAAUGAUGGAAAUAAUAUAGAAGUAAUUCUUAAAUGCCAUAAUAAUUUAAAUGAAAAUUUAAAUGAAUUUUUAAAUGAAUGGAAAUAUCAUGAAAGUUGUUCAAAUUCAUAUGAUAUUAUUUAUUUUUAUGGAUUUACAAAAAAUCCAGAUACUUUGAAAUACAUGGCAGUAAUGGAUUAUGCAAACAAAGGUAAUUUAAGAAGAAACUUAACAAGAAUAGUUAAAAGUGGUUGGGACCAUAAAUUAUACAUGUUGUAUGAAAUUAUUUCUGGACUUGAUGAUAUACAUAGACUAAAUCUUAUUCAUUGUGAUUUUCAUGAUGGCAAUAUUUUAAAUAAUAAUAAUAAUAAAGAUGAAGAGAAUAAAGCAGACAGAAUUUAUAUUAGUGAUUUAGGAUUAUGUCAACCUGUAAAAUCAUUUUUGAAAGAGUAUAAGAUUUAUGGUGUUGUACCAUUUAUGGCACCUGAAGUUUUAAGAGGCAAACCUUAUACUCCAGCUAGUGAUAUAUAUAGUUUUUCUAUGAUUUUGUGGGAAUUUACAUCUGGAAUACCACCAUUUAAUAAUAGAGCACAUGAUAUUCAACUUAGUUUAAGUAUUUGUGAAGGUGAACGUCCUGAAAUUAUUGAAAAUACUCCGCAAUGCUAUGUUGAUUUGAUGAAAAAAUGUUGGGAUGUAGAUCCAUUAAAAAAUAUUAAUGAAGAAUUAAAAUGCAAUAUUAUGGAAUUUAUAAAUGCACCAAUUGGGCAUAACAACCUUGCUACUGAAUCUCACUCACAGGCUUGCUAUACAAGUCGCUUACUUAAUUUUACUAGUAAACAAUUGAAUGAAAUUCUUGAAAGUAAAAAUUCACAAACUAGUGUACAAGUGAGUGAAAUGCUAAUAAGCGAAGAUUUGAAUGAAUGCAUAUUUAAUUUGAAGAAAUUAGGUAUGUAAUUAGAUAUUAAAACAAAUGAAAAUUAACUUUUUUAAAUUUAUUUAAACACUA